AUGAGCAACGACCAAGACAUGGCGCUUUCGGAGAUUGAACUGCUGGAGAUCAAGUUCGACGCCCUAAAAGGAGCAGUUGGCCAGACAGUGAUGGAGCUGAAGGCAGAGUGUGGCAGGCUUGCCCACGAAGUGGAACAGGUGCAUAGGAGUGUGAUGGCUGAGGCGGCUGCCCGGUGCACAGAGUUGGAGGCCAAGAUGCUACGGCACAUGGGCGCCCUAGAAAGAAGACUGUCCGCAGCGGAGCGGGCCAAUGCGAGCAAGCCGCCAUUCGCGGAGGUAGAGGAACCUGCCGCCUCCAGCCCCGACAGAGAGGCACCACCAAUCUCUGGGGACCGGGCGCCAGACUUUUUGCCGGGGACACCGACCCGCUCCACCCCGACGACACCUGGUUCGCCGAUGGCCUCCAGGCCCAAACGUCGUGCGCCCUGCCACCAACCUCCGACAUGUGCCCCGGAGGAAAAAAAAGCAGAGGUGGAUCUGGUCCGAACCUACACAGACUUUGAUGCCGGCUUGGGGAAGUGUGUGCUCGACCACAAGCCGGCUGCACUUAGUAGCAGAGAGUUGUUCUCCGAGGUACAACUGGCAUUCUUUGCGUUGUCGAUGAAGGAGCUAGACAUCAAGGACACCGUCGGUUUGGAGAACAAGGCCAGUGCCAUUAUACACAGAGGCGAAAGGCACAACGUUUGGCCUGUACAACCCUGGGCCCCGGAGAAUUGCCGCACCACCUUCCUCAACUACGAGGUGGAGCUACUCAGGCUCAACAGCCAGGAGAAGUUGGGUCUGACCUUGUGCUACAGGACUGAUGAUGAGGAGGACACAGCCAUCUACGUUAGCCAGGUGGGAGCCAACAGCAUCGCUGGCAGAGACGGACGGAUCCGGGAGGGAGACAGGAUCUUACAGAUAAACGGCUGUGACGUGCAGGACAGAGAGGAGGCGGUGGCUCUGCUGAGCAGAGAAGACACCAUGAGCAUCAUGCUACUGCUCACCAGGCCAGAGACACAGAUGGAGGAGGUGUGGCUGGACCAGGAGCACAGGGACUUCCUGGAGGAGCUGAAGAUGGAGAUCCUUCAGGAUCAGAGGAGAGGGCUCCGGGAUGGAGAGGAGGUGGAGGAGGACACGACCGACACAGCCACCUGCUCCUCGCUCCUCCAGGAGAAGGACAGUGGUCUGGGUCGCCUGGAGGACAGCUCUGAGCAGGAGCUCCAGCUUGCCCAGGUCUGCAGGCGGCCUGCCCAGGGCCUGAGGGCCCGGACGCGGAAAGAACAUGGGCAGGGCGGUCGGGAGGAGACCCAGGGUGGCCACUCCUUCACCACAGCCCAGGGGAGGGACAGCGAAUUGGGGAGACAUGGGGGCGGGCUUGGGGUGGAGUGUGACCGUUUCCAGCAGCUCCUGGAGCUCAAGUGUCAGAUCGGGAACAGCGGGGAGUGUGGCCUGUUCUACAGUAGACGCAGCACCAUCGAGUGUAGCGUGACCGAGCCGAGAGGAGGAGGAGCAGGGGUGGAGCAGGAGCUGAGGAUGCUGAACGAGGAGCUGAGGAGCAUUGAGCUGGAGUGCCAGAGCAUCAUGCAGGCCCACCAGCUCCGUCAGACCCAGAAGGACCCCCCGUCCUCUCCCUCCCUCUCCCCAGGAAGGAGCCCCAGAGACGGGCUGCGGUGCCACGGUCGGCUGGCUGACAUCCGGGAGCAGCCUGGUCUGGAGAAGGGCGACAGUGACAGGGUCAGGGACAAGGACAGCUCCAGCGCCUACCACACGGCCGACAGCGCCCGCUCCACGCCCCUGGGGGUGGAGAUGUCCCCCAACCACUCCCUCCAGAGACACAUCAGUCUGACCAAUCAGAGGAACCUUCGCAGUACCCUGGCUCCCGCCCACACCCCGUCCCACCCCAGGCUAGACCCCUCCCCCGUCAUCUCCAGCAGUCCGGACCAGAGCAACCCCUCCCCCUCAGAGUCAGACCCCGCCAUGCCCGCGGACGACGAGCGCUGUGACAGGAAGGGGCGGAGCCGCGGGGGUCAGAGGGCGCCUCCCUACGCGUCGCCCUAUCACACGGCCCCGCAUCCCGGAGCCGCCUCACACAACAAGCAGCUACAGUCCUACAUGCAGCUGCUCCAGCAGAGCUCGUCCCUGGACUACUCCCAGAGCCAGGUGAGUCUGCUCAGCCUGGGGGUGUGCCCAGCACCCCUGCACCGCCCUCCCCGCCCUGGGGAGCCCCGACUGGAGUGGAGGGUCAAAGUGCGCGCCGACGGCUCCCGCUACGUGGCCCGCAGGCCGGCGAGGGACCGCAUCCUGAGGGAGAGGGCGCUGCGCAUCAGGGAGGAGAGGAGCGGGGGCAUGACCACGGACGACGACGCCAUGAGCGAGAUGAAGAUGGGGCGCUACUGGAGCAAGGAGGAGAGGAAGCAGCAGCUGGCUCGAGCGAGGGAGCAGAGGAGGAGGCGGGAGCUGCUGCAGCGCAGCCUGAGGGAGGGCCCGGCCAGUGGGGCGGAGGGCAGGAAGGAGGUGAACAUCGUGGAGCUGAGCCACAAGAAGAUGAUGAAGAGGAGGCACCGGAAGAUCCUGGACAGCUGGAUGACCAUCCAGGAACUGAUGAGUCACGGGGCUCGAAGCCCCGCCCCCGAGGGGGCCCGUGUCCACAACAACUUCCUGUCUGUCACCACGGUCUAGGCAUGUCUGCUCAUGAACAAACACACACCAACGUAUACAGAUUGUGUUUCCUGGACAGUCGAUCACAUGUUCAAGACAAUGAAAAGGGUCUGUCUUCAUGUUGGUCUGUAAAGCUUGAUUAUAGAGAACUGUGUUUGAUUCUCUCUUCCCCUCAGUCGCUCUCUCAUCGCCAGCUUAGCGGUACAUGAUGUAUUUCGCCUCAAUGUGGCGUUUUUUACGAAGGGAAAACAAUAUUUUUCACACUUUCACACAAGCUUUGUGACAUUUUGUAAUGUUUUUUUACAUUGGGUGUGGAUGUAAUGUAAAUGUUUUUGUAACUGCUUGUCUUAAGAUUACUUGACCAAGUCUACGUUUCCUUUUGAUAACACGACUUUGUAAACUACAUCAGGAUGAUGAUGAAGCCAGAAUUGUAGUACGUGCAUCCAGUUUCUAUCUCGACAAAGAGAUGAGUCUCUCUGUUCUCCUUUCUCUCUGUCAGCACGGCCAAUAAGAGAGUGUAGACACAACAACCAGUAUCCAGUCUGGCCAUGUUACUUUCUGCCUCUCUCUGUCUCAUUAAACUAGGUUGUGCUUUCAGCGUGAGUUUUCCUGGAAGCUUCAGAAAAUGUGUCUGAGAAUGUGUUACUGGAUCCAGGCGGCUGAAACCCUACAAGGUGUGUCUGGUGCAGUUCUCUGCUCCCUGAGACACUUCACUCUUCAACAGUCUUACCUCAAAACACAGAAUAUCAGUUACAGCAGUCCGAUCUGAAACGUUUUACGUAUUUGUACAGUUUCAAAGCGUUUUUAAUUUAUUGAAAAUGUAUGACAAAAAAUGAUUCGGGAUGAUAUGUUCCAAAAGAUAUUGCCUUGACAUCUCUGAAUUGCCAAAAUGCAACAAGUUACUGUCUAUAAGGUACUACAUGUAUAUUUGUCUUUUUUCUUCAAAACGGUGCUUGCUUCUGUCCAGUUUCCUCCACUGUGAGAAGCCUUCCCACCCGGCCUCACUCUGAGACAGACAGGACAGUAUGAAGUUGCUGAACCGCUGGUUCACGUAUGCGGAUUGUCAUAACCAUGCAAAAGAAACGUUCAUA